AUGGUUACAGUAUUUAGUGGCGAACCCAUUCCAUAUGUGGACUACACGAAAGAGGAGCAUGAAACAUGGAGAGCUGUCUACGAGAAACUUCGCGAUCUACGUGAAUCUCAUGCCUGCUCUGCUUACAGGAGGAAUCUCAAGCUCUUAGAAGACGAGGGUGUUUUAACGCCGAAUAAAAUUCCUCAGAUCAGAGACGUCAACAAGUAUCUUCAGAAGAAAACCGGUUUCAUUCUUCGCCCUUGUAGUGGCCUGCUUUCUGCACGAGAUUUCCUGGCCAGCUUGGCGUUUCCGUGUGUUUCAGGUCAGAAUUUUAAAUCUGAAUGUACUACAACGUACUUACGACAUGGCAGCAAGCCACAUCAUUCGCCCGAACCGGAUCUAAUUCACGAGCUUCUUGGACACGUGCCAAUGUUUGCCGAUCCCAUGGUAGCGCAAAUGAGCCAGGUCUACUGGUUCAUUAUCGAGUUUGGGUUGUGUCGAGAGGACGGACAGUUGAAAGCGAUUGGCGCCGGAUUGCUUUCUGCUUACGGAGAAUUGAUGGUCCAAAGAAACAUUUCUACUUUUUUUUUGUUCAGAGUAAUUUCAAGAAGGAAAUUGAACGAGAGUCACCAGAAUAUGAAUCAGGAUGCUGUACUAUAG